AUGUAUAACUCAAUUUACGGUUCUCCCUUUCCCAAGAUAAAUCCGAAAGUUCGCUACAAGACGGCUUUAGAAAGAGCAGGCUUUGAGACAAAGCCACGCAAUCCGUUCAACAGCCAGAGAAAUGCAUCCACCGGAAGCCUACAAACCUCAGUGAGGUCGCCCCCGAUGCGCCAAAGAAAUGUAUCAGCAACGCCGUCUGUGCCUAAUAUAACGUAUACUUUAUCUUCACAAAAUUCUCAUCCAUCUGCAAAAGGUGGGUCUGGCAUUUAUCCGCCGCCCGUGCUGGACAAUCGUGGGAGACAGAGUGUAACGCCUUCGAAGAAUAGCAACAUUACGUCUUCCUCGAGGCCCAGCAACAUGUCUCAUCCUAUCUCCCGCACAAGUGAGUGCGCCUCGCAGGAAGACCCCUUCCGUUUCGAGCGCGGGUUAAGUCAUCACCAGGAACAGUAUGUUCCUCCUCAGCAUACUAAUGAAACGUCUGUUAACAUGGAUUCCGAAGUCAUAGAUAACUCUCCUUUCAAUUUUGAAAAAGAAAAUCCUGCUAAUGCUAGGAGAGAACAGGAUUUGAGCCCCAUCGAAAAAAGUUUUAUGAUGCUAACACAAAACGACACUGCAAGUCUUGUGAACCCGAUUGGGCAAUUUGAUGAUCGAAGCCCUCAUGACCGGGACCAGGAACUCGAAAGGGAGCAUAAAGAAGAAGAAAAAGAAGAAGAAAAAGAAGAAGCAGAAGAAAACAGCUCAGUAAAAUAUGAAGAGAUGGUACCAGAAGAGGACGAAAAUGAUGUGGAAAGUCUAAAUUUUGAGCCACAUCCUGAAUUACACAUAAGUUUUGAUAAACCUCAGCCGCUUCAAGAAGACUACUCAGAAAAAAGGCAAGAGGAUGAGGGAAAUAAGGCCUCAAAAGUCCCGAAAAUCAACGUUACGAGAGAAAGCGUCACACCGCACUUAUCAAUCAAUACAUCAUACAACAGUGAAUCAACCGGCUCUAAAUUAUCUCUUGAUCACAAUACCGCUGGCCUGGAGGCUUCAAAGGAACCUAAAUCACCAGGCGUUUCGUCUUCAUCCACAAAUGUAGAGGAUUUGAGUCUUGAAGGUUCAAAUGAGAAGCGCCUCUCAACAGCACCAUCAGAAAAUGUUGAAACUCCAUACAUGGCAACGAACUUGCAAGUGGAACAAUUGAUUGCUCAGUUAGAUGACGUUUCGCUACUAAGAAAUGCCAAGCUCGAUCUUACCGGGGACUUGCUGGAUGUAGCGGAUAGAAAGGCCUCCAGGUUUAAAAAAUCAAGUGCAUAUUUAUCUGGAUACCCUAAUAUUAACAUACCUUCAGCCCCGAGUCUAACAACCAUCUCGCAAAGUGCCGAUAAAAACUCGUCCAGACAAAGUCUUUUGGCGGAUGACGAUGGCGUUGACGACGAUGCUCCCUCUACCUCUACCACUAACGGUGGUACACCAAUAUUUUACAAGUUCAAACUGCCGAAUAUACAGUCCUCCAAUGGGGAAGGGAACAGUUCGCAAGAAAUUUUCAAACCGACAAUCCCUACAAUUGAAGUUCUACAACUGCAGCAUAAGCAUAGUAUAACAGAUUUGAAAGAGGAAACCGGAGAAGAACUGAAUAAUUCACGAGCCUCAUCGAACAUUGGAUCCAAAGGACAUAGCCCCGAUGGGAGUUACCAUGAAAGUAACUCGGGCGAGUUCAAAUAUCCACCGGGGGAGGGACCCUGCAGAGCAUGCGGCUUGGAAGUCACAGGGAAACGGAUGUUUUCCAAAAAGGAAAACGAGCUGUCGGGUCAGUGGCAUCGUGAAUGUUUUAAAUGCAUUGAAUGCGGUAUCAAGUUUAAUAAACAUGUUCCCUGUUAUAUUCUGCUCGACACGCCAUACUGCCAGAAGCAUUACCACCAGGAAAAUCACAGUAUUUGUAAAGUUUGUUCGAAUUUCAUAGAGGGAGAAUGCCUGGAAAAUGACAAGGUAGAACGUUUUCACGUGGAUUGUUUAAAUUGUUUCUUAUGCAAGACCGCGAUUACGAAUGAUUAUUAUAUAUUUAACGGAGAAAUUCCAUUGUGCGGCAAUCAUGACAUGGAUGCUCUUUUGAAAGAGGGUAUCAAUGAUUCCGCACUAGGCAACGAUAAGAACAAUACUCUUUCCCGAAGGAGGACAAGAUUGAUCAACUUCAAUUAG